ACUGAUCUAUACAGUGACUUCACAACACAGAUUACAGGACACACAGGCACUUUUUUCCUGACUGCUCCAGAUAACAUGAUUUUUAGCUCUGCCCCCACAAGUCACAUGAUCGGGACAUCACCACAGAUCCUCAAAGAUAUCACCCCCUCCAGCGUUCAGAAGGAUGGAUCUAUAUUCAGUAACUACAGUCCUUUUGGUGAUGCUCAUGACCAUCUUGUUGACUAAGUACACCAAGAUAUUGUUGGAGAAGUCUAAGCUGCCUCCUGGACCAACUCCUCUCCCCAUCAUUGGCACUCUUCACAAGAUGAACUUCAAUAACAUUGUGAAGUCGCUGCUGGAUUUAUCAAAAAAGUAUGGUGACAUAUAUACCGUAUAUGAAGGGAGCCAACCGGUUAUUGUGCUAUGCAAUUAUAAAACCAUCAAAGAUACGUUAAUUGAUAAAGCAGAAGAGUUCAGUGGUCGAGCCUAUUUUCCUUCCUUCUUUGACUUUACCAAAGGAGAUGACUUUGCAUUUAGUAGUGGUGAAAAAUGGAAGGAGCUGAGACGUUUUGCGAUGCUAACACUGGGGAGUCUUGGAGUUGGAAAACGCAGCUUUGAGGAGAGGAUACGAGAGGAAGCCAUGUGCCUGACUGAUGUACUGAGAAAAUCAAAUGGAUCCUCAAUAGAUCCCAAUUACAAUAUACUACGUGCAAUGUCCAAUGUCAUUUGCUCUGUAGUGUUUGGUAACCGGUUUGAAUAUAAUGAUGAACAUUUCCAAAAACUUGUGUUAUGCGUUCAAGACAACUUCCGAAUCAUGAGCACACGCUGGGGAUUACUAUACAACAUUUUCCCAAUUGUCAUGAGGUACAUUCCUGGACCUCACCAUGAAAUUAUGGAAAACUUCAAAUUCAUGGGAGACUUUAUCAAGACGAAAAUGAAGAACAAUAUGAAGACUUUGGACAGGAAUAACCCAAGAGAUUUCAUUGACUGUUUCUUGAUCAAGAUGGAGAAGGAAAAGAACAAUGAAAAAACAUUCUACAAUCCUGAUACUUUGGUGAUGUGCUCUUUUGACUUAUUCUUUGGUGGAACAGGAACAGUGAGCGAAACCUUGAAAUUUACAUUAUUAUUUCUCAUGAAACACCCCAGUGUUGCAGCAAAGGUCUACAGUGAAAUAGACAGUGUUAUUGGCCAGCGUCCACCGCAUUACGAGGACAGACACAGCAUGCCUUACACAGUAGCUUUUCUAUAUGAAAUCCAGCGGUAUGCUGAUGUGACACCAUUAGCUCUUCCCCAUGAAUUGACCAUGGAUACUCAGAUUUAUAAUUAUAAAUUCAAGAAGGGAACAGUGUUCACACCAGUCCUCACAAGUGCACACAAUGACAAGACACAGUUUGAUAACCCGGAGAAUUUCGACCCCAAACACUUUUUGGAUGAAAAUGGGAAACUUAUAAAAAAUGAGGCCCUGAUGCCAUUUUCUGCAGGUAAGAGAAUAUGCCCGGGCAAGAGCUUGGCAGAUAUGGAGAUUUUUCUGUUCAUCACAACACUAUUGCAGAAAUUCACAAUCAAGUCACCGGUGCCCCCCGAAAAGAUCUCGGUCACUCCAGCAGCUGUUGGACUUGGACACAUUUCCCCCAGCUAUGAGAUAUGCUUUUUACCCCGUACGUGCACUAAAGAAUAACAAACCAUAUGACUAUGAACGAUUGUGCCAUAGAUAAAUGUCCAUGAGCGCAGGAAGCAACUUGGUUGUGGGGAAGAACUGAAGUAUUUCAGUUAUUAUACAAUAGUACUUAUUAGAUUAUAUAAUAAUCCAACAUUCUGUAGCAUUGUAAUAGGUAAAAGACGUAAGGGAUUAGACAGAGGGAGCCAUUUUGUCCAUGUAGUGUCUUGGGUCUUGCAGCUUGUCUCCAUUCAGGAGAAUUGGACUGAGCUACAAUACCAGAUACAACCCAUGAACAUGAAGAGUGAUGCUAUUAGCAAUAGACUGAUAUUUACAAUAAUGUAGGAGUACAGUAUUUGGGCCAUGUUUCAUGGUCCAAGAUCAACUUUAGUAUCAGGUGGGAUCCUGAAGUGCAUAAGAAUAAGCUGCAGUACUGAAAUGAAGGGUCACAAUCAGGGUAGUACGGGUGGUUCUGCUGCCCAGGUAGGCCCAAACUCUUCUGUUUAAACCCACUGGCUACUUACUAGUCACCUCUUCAGAGCAAAGUUUUAUUUUAUUGAAUAAGCAGCAGUGGGCAAUACGGUUCCCAUCAUACAGUCGUGCCCUAUAUUUUACACAAGCAUGACCUACAGACCCCAUUUAGUAUUCUAGUCCCUUUAUAAUAAAACUAUAUUAUAUAAGCUUAAAUAAGUUCAUAUUAUUCUCUUUUUAUUCAUAUUUUGUGGAUUCCUGUGCCCACCACAUGUAUACAAUAGAUGGAGGCUGUGGUAGAUGUUCAGGGUCCCUGACCAUUUGUCCGUAUAAGUCCACAUGUAUAAGGUCCCUGCUCACAUAUAUUCCAUGAUGUCAUUAUUUGCUAUCAUUGUGCUAUUAUAUACAUUGCAUACAGUAGGUGCAACAUAUCAAUAUUUGUAUUAUUAUAGGGUAAACAUUAGACUCUAUACUUUUUUAUAUCUUUGUAAUGUUGUAACAUAAUGUUCACAAUUUCAAUAAGAAUUAUAUGAUCUCUCUAUUCAUUGUGUCAGUUCAAUGAUUUACAUUUGACUUGUUUACUGUUUCUGAAUUUAUUGAAAUGUCUCUGUUAUCUGGACCAUGACUGGUUAAAGGUUCAAAUGGUCUCUUGCAUGGGGCCUUGCAUAGUCCCAAAGCACAGGGCACAUAAUUAUGUGUUAGGGUGCAGUCACAUCUUGGUUUGCUAAACCGGCAGCUGGAUACAGCGAGACAAA